AAAAUAUGACGGGAUUCCUCGUUUCAGCCUACACAGCACUGGUUAUUGGGGAACUACAUUUCCCACAAUCCCUGACAUUAAGCAUCACUUCUCUUCACGUGAUAUUGUGGCGUUUCUAAUUUUCCCGUCUGGCUGUGCUGCAACUAUUGUGAGAACAGAGUGAGAAAUAAUCUUAAGGACGAUGAAUCCUACAAUAAACCCAGGGUCUCCUUCAGCUAUUUCUUCUGGGCAUUUUUUGCACUGCUCUGUCUUGUCAAGGAAUAUGGGCUGUAGCCACAACAUCCUCCCAAACUGGGAACGUGAUGUGCCAUGCACCAUUCCACGGAUGAAACCCAGACACAGAUUGGUGAAUUUCAGUGGUGUACAAGGGUCUCGGUAAUCAUAUGCUGUACCGAUCAGUAUCCCUUGCUUUCAAGCGACAUCUGGAAAGCCAAGAUCAGGAACCCAGUUCUAAACAUUUUCUCUCAGAGGAGAAGAUGGCUGCCCGUUUUAACUCCCUUAGCCUGGACAAUGACCACAUCUACAGUUCUAACGGCUUCCCUGUCCGCUGUGAAAACCCCAGAUGGCAGCAGGCAUACACACAGUUGAAAGAGCUACAACAGAGCCUUCUACAUCUCAGGCUGUCUCAAGAUGGAGCAAGUGAAGAAACCAACUUUACAGAGGAAGAGCUGACUACAGUCAUUGUAGAUGGUGAAUUCAUGAUGGGAGACUGCCCUAUGCUGGUGCCGUCUUCUUUCAUGUUAGAAGGACUUGAAGAAAGCAGUGUCACCCCUGAAGAAAUGUUUCUUUCUCUGAAUCCUUGUACCGAAGUUGUCCUGUGGAGCCCUCAGAGUAACUCCCUCUUGCACACCAUUAGGACACUGAUGUCUCCCUCAUCGGUCCAGCCCCAUCUAGAAGCAGUGUCAAACCAAGAGGAAAUGGAAAUAUGAACCACCAACCCUAAUUUUACUUCCCUUUGAAGUGAAAUUCAGUUCUCUGUCUGGCUGUGUCAACAAAAAGCACCUUUAUCCAGUCAAUAUAAACAUUUUACUACAAAUAUUUUACUUGGCCAUGGUGGCAUUUGUUUUUAGCCAGCUGCAAUAAUCUGAUCUUAUCUCUUCCAUCCCCAUAAUGUACAGUAUACCUGCAACUAAGUUCAAUAUAUAUCACUAUAUUUUCUCUUUCAAUAAGCAAUCAGUGAAUACUUACUUGGAUACUGUAAUAUACUUUAAAUAAGGGUUAAAUGGGCAUUCCAACCACUUCUUUUAUACUUGAUUAGCACAUAUUUUUAAUGUCCAUCGAAGUUGGAAGAAUUUAAGUUUUUUUUUCUUGACUUUUUGUUUCCAAUAAAGAGAAUUCAACACUUUUA